CGCUUGCGAGGUGCGCAGCAUGUCGAGCAGGGACAUCAAGGACUCGUUCAAGGUCGGCUCUCGCACCGUCGUCGUCGCAGACUGCGACCUCCGAGGCGACAUCACCAUCGGCUCUGGAACGGUCCUUCAUCCACGCUGCACCAUCCUCGCAGUCGGCGGGCCCAUCAUCCUCGGCUCGAACAACAUCGUCGAGGAGAACGCCGUCAUCGUCAACCGCCUCAAGCAGCCCAUGGUCGUCGGCGACAACAACCUGUUCGAGGUCGGCUGUCGUAUCGAGUCACCCUCGGUCGGCGACUGGAACACGUUCGGGAUCCGCUCGCGCGUGUCGCCGUUCGUCGAGGUCGGCUCCAACUGCGUCGUCGGCGCAGGCUGCAUCGUCCUCCCCUCGCCCUUCCCCGACGGUGACGGCCUCGCCGACUACACGCACGUCUUUGGCUCGGAGAACCGGCGCCGGACGGCGAGCGUCGAGGGGAGUGGGCAGGCCAAAGCGCUCUUCGUCAAGCACUGGGAAUACUUGCGCGAGACGCUGCCCAAGCACCACAAGCUCAAGAUGUUCUAGCUCUCCUCUCCAUUGUCGUCAUACCCUCGUCGCCGUCGCUCUCGAUACCCCCUCGUUCGCAAUGCCAGUCCCUCUCUCUCUC